AUGUAUCUAUUUCACACUGCCAGAGCCAGCCGUCGACUCCGCAGUGUCAACUACGAUUCAUGCCGUGAUACCAUCACACAAGGCAGUAUCACAGGAACAAUUCAAAAACUGGCUGCUAAAGCCGACAAGGAUUCACAUGCAGCCGAAUCAAAAGCAUUGGCUGCUAAAGCCUGCAUGGAUUCAGAUUCAGCCGAAUUCAGGGAAACUGCCCUCGAAUUGGUUCUGGCCAACAAGCAAUGGUACGCAGUCAAGAAGCUUCCUGACGACAAGGAUGAACUCGUUGAAGAAUACAACAAGGAGAUAGAGGCUCUUUAUACAAAGGGGUAG